UCUUGUCAGAAUGAACGAGCCCGCUCUAAUUUUACAUUUAAUCCAGACGAGGUACAACACGAAACGCUCUACCACAACCUUCUGUCGACCCAGGUUUUCUGGAGGAUAAGCGACCAACUUGCUUUUAAAACAUUGAAUUUGGGGUCGUUUCGGCAAAGUGCUACGCAGUAGGCUAGUGGUUUUCUUCAUCACCUAGUUUCAGAUAUUGUCCUUGAUAUUGGCCAACGCGUCUCUCUUGCCCCUUCGCUUGGGGUCGAUUUCGUCGGUGAUUGUUGCUAGUUCGCUAAGGGGGUGUUGCCAUGGGGGAUGUUAUUUCCACUCACCUGGACGAGGGCAAGCGAGAGAUGAUUACAGCUCGUGCCAGGCAGGUGAUGGGGGAGUUUGGCCAUGUGUACAAGGAGCAGUAUGCUGUGGCCCUCUUUAACAGUGUCCGCUUUGAGAUCGAGGGGGGAGGAGGGCCCCAGUCACAGCUCCUGCACCGCAAGAAUCCUCUAGAAGACCACUCGAUCUUCUCUGGGGGUCUGUUCCAGUACUUGGAGGGGAACAAGAAAUGGAGAAACCGCUUUGUCUUCGUGGCUGACACAUACAACGUUAGCUUCUACGAGAACAAAGUGGCUCACGAGAGGGGCUUGCACCCUAAAGGAACCAUCAACUGUGCUGGAUACAAAGCUCUGACCUCCAUGGAAGAAUACCUGGAUCUGGUCAGCACCAGCCUGCCAGGUGUAAAGGCUAAGGUGGGCAGCGGUCCAUUUGUUAAGGGUGCCACCCAGUUCCCCCUGAUCCUGUGGCACCCGUACGCCCGUCACCACUACUUCUGUGUGCUGACAGAGAAGGAGCAGACGAAGUGGCACGCUGUGCUCCAGGACUGUGUCAGGCACAGCAACAAUGGUCUGUCAGAAGAGUGCAGGGUGCAGACCCCUGCCUUCACGGAUGCUGUGCGGCUCUACAGGCAGGCUCAGGGACACUACGGCACCUGGGACAUGAUGUGUGGAGGGCCACCACAGAUCCUAGCCAACCUAGUGAUGGAGACCCUCUACCCAGAGCUGAGGAAUCUGAUUGGUCCUCGUCUGAAGGGGAAGAUGCAACAGAGACAGAGGAACUGGAUGCUGAUCUCUGAGGCGGUGUACAAGCAGGUGUUGUCUCAGACCCAGGCCCAAUACGAGGCUCUCGUCCAGGCCUGUGAGGUAGAGACGCCCCGUCUAGAUGCCGCGCUACGCACAGACAUGGACCAGAUUAUCACCUCCAAGGAACACGUCAGCGGCAAGAUCCGCGCUCUGGUGUUGCCCAGGGCAGAGCAGCUCCUGCGGCGCAGCGUCCAGCCCUACGUCAGCUCCAUCCUGGAGGCCCUGAUGGAGCCCACCAGCAGAGGCUUCUCCGAGGUCCGAGACGUCUUCUUCAGAGAGCUGGUGGAGGUCAGCAAGAACACGCUCAACGGAGGGGGCAAGGACAAACUGGGAGAGCACAUGGAGAAGAUCUCUAUGCUGGCGUUCCACCCGGUGAAGAUGCAGAGCUGCUAUGAGAAGGUGGAGCAGCUGAGUCUGGAAGGGCUGCAGCAGAGAUUUGAUGUGUCCAGCCCCUCCGUGUUCGUCCAGAGGGCUCAGAUCCUCAUGAGAGAGCAAAUGGACAACGCUGUGUACACGUUUGAACAGCUGCUGCACCAGAGUCUGGAGGAAAAGGACCAGACAGGAGAGGACCUGUGUAAGACCAUCCAAUGCUGUCAGGACAGAGUGCUCAAGAAAUAUGACUAUGACAGUAGCACGGUGCGUAAGAAGUUCUUCAGAGAGGCCCUGCUACAGAUCAUCAUCCCCUACAUGCUGAAGCAGCUGGCUCCCUCCUGCCAUCCGGAGUUCCCUCCCUUCCAGGAGAUGAUCUUUGAGGACUUCUCCCAGUUCAUCCUGGUGGAGAACAUGUUUGAGGAGGUGGUGCUGCUGUCUGUCACCAAGGACAUCAUGAUGGCUGUGAAAGAGGCGGCAGUCCAGAAGAGACACAACCUGUACAGAGACAGCAUGAUCCUGACCAACAGCGACCCCAACCUCCACCUGCUGGGGGAGAGCCCCUCGGUAGACUGGAACACCCAGUUCGGUGGCGGGGAUGAGGAGCCUGACAAGACCCCGGAAGGAUGUGACCGGUCCAAAUGGCAGCGCAGGCAAGUGGUCUCCAUGAUCAAGCUGGACGGUAUGAGCCCGCUGCCCUACGAGUCGUGCUUGGAGGUGCCGGGGGAGGAUUUCAUCCCCGAGGAGGAGGAGGGAGGAGGAGGAGGAGGAACGACCCUCAUGGAAGCAGAGCCAAAGACCCCCACGGAACUAGAGCCUAAUUCCCCAGACAACGUGCAGGAGAUCCGUUACCUCAUCAACCCGGUGGUGGAGAUGGUAGUCCCGGCCUCAGAGGAGGACUUGGCUGUUCUGGCCAAUGGGACAGAGCCGGGGAUGAUGACGCUAGAGGGCGAGGAGGAGGAGGUGACGCUCAUCACCACCGUGGUGGAGGAGGUGCACAUGAAGUCACUACAGUGGAAAAGUACCCCACAGGAAGUGAGUGAGCAGCUGAUAGAAAGAGGUCCAGACCAGAAAGCUGAGGGGGAGCUUCAGGAAAAGGGGGAGGCAGCUAUUGAGGGCAAGGUAGAGGGCGAGGCGGCCAUCGAGAACGCCUUACAGGAAAUGGCGAUAAUGAUACAGGAAGAGGUCGGAGACUUACAGGAGGAGGUGGAUUCAUCCAUCGAGGGAGAAGAUGAGGAGGCUAUCGAGAAUGCCAUACAGGAAAUAGAGAUGGCGGUACAGGAAGAGGACGAAGACAGGAUAACGGAGUGUGCCGUAGACUCUGACGCUGAGCUGGCCCCACCAUUGGCCGACUCCAGCCCCCGGCGCCACGAUGACAGCGGCUUCCAGUCACUGACCAAUGAGGCCUUGGAUGAGGGCGAAGCUCAGCCAAUGAAGGAUGCUCUGAAAACAGAGGACUCUCUAACCGACCCAGGUGAGGUGGUGGUGAUUGUGGAGCAGGGAAACGCUGCACUUCACGACGACUCUGAGACCGAAGUUUUAUUUGCGAUUUGAAUGGGAAGACAAGGGAGAAUAUAUAUAUAUUUUUUUUGCCCUAAUUUUCAUUAUCUCCAGCACAAUACCAGUGUCAACAUACCUGUUGACAUCAUCAAAAGUUUCAAAUAAUAAGUUCAAGGAAAAAAACCACUGAGGUUGGCAGUGACGUAGGGAGCAAGAAAAUACCCUCCCUUGGGCUACAAACUUAUUGCAGGUUUUGAAAAUCCCUUUUUUGACUUUGAAUCUUACCCUGUGGUGUCACAGAGAAGCAUUUAAAUAUAUAUACGUAUAUGUGUAACCACAGAUCAUAGAAACGCAGCGUUUUCACAUGUAGACACUGGUAUGGUUCUGGAGAUGAUGACUAUGAGGUUGAAAAGUUACACUUUACACUACAGAUGCCCAUGUGUAAGGGCCUUCAGGAUAUGUUCACAGAGAUGCAUGGCAGGAUAGACGUAACACUAUGGUGCAUGGGUACACACUCACUGGUCAUUGCAUGACCUCUUACUGAGCACUAGGAGGCACUGUAAGCUGGCUUUUGACACAAACGGCUCUGUUUUACCUCUUUGUCAUGACAUCUUACUGUAAUGGGCAUUGUCGGAAACAUAUCAUUGGAGAUUCCGCUAUCGUUGCAUUCAGGGCCCGGGAGCUCUGCUUUUUAACAUGUUUUAACAAUGACUCGGCACACUAGUGUAUAAAAUCAGCCAGAGUGAUUUUUGUCUUGAAAUAAGUUUAAGCCUUGUUUUUUGAACCAUUUAUAUUUUUCAUUUUCACAAGCAGCCUUCUGGUAUCUUUUCACUGUGCAUGACAUCAGCAUGACGAGGCACUUGCUUACUUCCUACUUUUCUGUCUGUGUUAGUCCAACCCUUAUUUAGUGUGAGGGGAGCUGCUCGACUGGUAGCAGUCACUAGUCUUAUUAUAGAUGCUAGAGGUCCUGCGUCAGCUACAGUGCCACUGCCAUGAGCACGCUUACAGUUAUUAUUAAAGGGACUUGCUCUGCUGAUAGCUUGUCUCGACUGUGACGCAUCAGAAUCUCUCGUCUGCGUGUGGGGCGUGUGUUGUGUAGAUGAUUGCCAGCACGCAAUGUACCUUGUCAUGAAGAGGCCUCUGUCAGUCUAAAAACAUUAGAAAAAUGAAGUUGGCUUUAUGCAACCUCUUUUUGAGUGCAGACCCAUCACACCUUACUCUUUGUCCACAGUCUCCUCUGGCCCACACCAAGGGAAUAAACCAAGUCUAUAUUUGUUUAAUUUUCCCCACUCUUCAAAAUGAGGGAAAUUGAUUUAUGAUGAUUUUCUAUCCAUGCUAUGUUUAUGGCCACUGUAUAUAUGUGUUCUUAACCAGGCUGAGUUUGUAGCCUUGGGGAAAAUAGGUCCAUGUAUCUCCGUGACUUAAAGGGAUAGUUCACUCUGAACUAUCCCUUUAAGAUGGAGUCCUUCUGUAUCCUUCCUCUAUUUAUGACAAAUACUGUGUGUGUAUGGUGACCAAUGCACUAUCCUCAGCUAUAUUCCUCAUUUUGUGUAAAGCCCUAUGCAAGAGCCUUUUGUUGAUUUGUAUUUUGCUAUGUAUGACAGACUAUACUUAUGGAUUAAUAAAUAUAUUGAUUUGAUAUGGUUUUUCUGUUUCUCAUCUAUCUAGACUAAAAUGGUAAACUGUGCUUAAGCCAAUCAAAUCAUCAUGUAUUUUUAUUUAAUCAAAUUAAAUAUGUUAACAAAG